AUGCCUUCAUCCCACUCUGGAGAUGAUUCUUCUGGGCUCCAUACCGUGGGCACCAAGCAAGAAGAGGAUCAUGACCUCGAACCAGUCGAACUCACCCAAUCCAAAGUCGAGCGUCCUAAAUCCCUUCCCCGCGAGAUAGCCUUCAUCCUGAUAAUAUGCAUGGCGCAACUCAUGACCCAGGCAGGUCUGGGUCAAGUCAUAGCACCCCUCCACAUCAUCGGGCGCUCCUUCGGCGUCGAGGAUAGCCCUGCGCAACUCUCUUGGUUCCCAGCCGCAUACUCCCUCACCGUCGGAACAUUCAUCCUCAUCGCUGGCCGAUUGGGAGAUCUCUACGGCCAUAAGAAGUUAUUCGUUGCAGGUUUCCUCUGGUUCGCGCUCUGGACCAUGCUGGCUGGAUUCGCGGUCUACAGUAACCCGGUCUUCUUCGACUGCUGCAGGGCGUUCCAGGGCAUCGGCCCGGCUUUCUUGCUGCCGAAUGGGGUUGCGAUUCUGGGGCGGGCGUAUGAGCCAGGAUUGAGGAAGCAGAUGGCAUUCAGCGCCUUUGGGGCUAUGGCGCCGUCUGGAUUUGCUUUCGGCGCAGCUAUUUCUUCGCUGUUUGCUGAGUUUGUUUGGUGGCCUUGGGGGUUUUGGGUUAUGGCGAUGCUGUGCCUUCUUCUAGGUGUGGCUUCGAUUUUCUUGAUUCCGCAUACGCCAGCGCCCCAAUUCGAUAAUACACAUAGUUUCUGGGUACGGGCAGAUAUUGCUGGGUGUAUCACUGGUGUGAGCGGACUUGUGCUCAUCAACUUUGCGUGGAACCAGGCACCUGUGGUUGGAUGGAGCAAUCCGUAUGUAGGGGUACUCUUGAUCAUUGGAAUUAUUCUGCUUGGUAUCUUCGGGCAGAUCGAAAAGCGUGCAACGUUUCCGCUGGUCCCGUUCUCUUCAAUGACUCCAGAUCUUGGGUUCAUCUUGGGCUGUGUGGCCUGUGGUUGGGCUGCUUUUGGAAUUUGGGUUUUCUAUUCCUGGCAGUUUAUAGAAGAGCUACGAGGAGUAUCCCCACUCCUCGGUGCUGCGCAGUUCUCGCCCACGGUAAUCAGCGGCUGCAUUGCUGCAUUUACAACUGGCUCGAUCCUGCACCGAGUACCAGGCAGUGUCGUUAUGAUGAUUGCUUUAGGUGCAUUCUGCAUUGGCAGUAUCCUAGUAGGCACGAUGCCAGUUAGCCAAACAUAUUGGGCACAGUUGUUUGUAAGCCAAGUAGUCAUGCCGUGGGGAAUGGAUAUGUCGUUCCCAGCCGCAACACUGCUUCUCUCAAAUGCCAUGCCCAGGAAACACCAAGGGGUGGCAGCGUCACUAGUAAACACUAUCAUCAACUACUCAAUCUCCCUAGCUUUGGGAUUUGCAGGAACAAUCGAGACACACGUCAAUUAUGGGGGCAAAGAUGUUUUAAGAGGAUAUCGUGGGGCAUUAUAUUUGGGUAUCGGGCUGGCUGGGCUAGGAGUCGUACUGGCGAUGUUCUUUGGUUUAUAUGAGCACCGCGGGUCUAGGAAGAACAAAAAUCAUGCCGAAGAUGCAGCGAGCAGCGAUGACAAAGAACGAUCACCUUCGGAGUGA